CGAUUUUACCAAGGCCAAAUUCGUGAAUCGCUGUCGUCGCCGCCGCCACUGUGCCAAUGCAUCGAUAACGAAAUAUAUUAUACACUAACACAAGACACUUCGUACACGUCUUACCCACUGAAAUACGUAUAGCGCCCACGCGCACCCACAUCACGUCACAUACCUGCAGCAGUUACUGCUGCACUAUGGGUCAGCCGCUGUACUUGUCGCUGUUGGCCACCACAGUCUUCCUGGCCACUUUUUUGGCCACGUGUCCCGUGUCGACAGUCGGUUGGCCGGUUGACAGCAGUUUUUAUGACGCGAUCAAGCGAGUAGUGUACGGUAGCGAUAACGUCGACGACUCUGCCGCUGCCGCCACUGAAUCAUCACCUCCACCGCCGAUUUCAUUGCCGUUGUCGUCACAGGACAUUAACAGGCCCGUAGAAGUAGAAGGAUGGCCAAGAAGUCCGAUACCCCGCCUCGGACAAGUGAGCGGGGUAGCAAUAAACACGGUCGGACAACCUGUGAUUUUUCACCGGGGAAGCCGUGUCUGGGAUGAGAACUCAUUCAAUGAAACAUUCCACUACCAACAUAUAGAGGAAGGUCCCAUUUUAACAAACGCCAUUGUCACUCUGAGUCCGAAAACUGGAGAGGUUUUAUCCAGCUGGGGAGCAGGUUUCUUCUACAUGCCUCAUGGCAUCACAAUAGAUCGCCAAGGGAACGUAUGGGUCACAGAUGUGGCUAUGCAUCAAGUGUUUAAGUUUUCGCCCGGAGCGCCCAGAGCGUCAUUAACCUUUGGCAAGAGAUUCGAGAACGGCAAAGGAUACAGGACAUUGUGUCAACCUACUUCUGUGGCCAUCGCUUCCACUGGUGAAAUUUUCAUUGCAGACGGAUACUGCAACUCUAGAGUCCUAAAGUUCACAAGCAGAGGAGAAUUGCUACGAGUUUUUCCACAUGCCAACGAAUUUUUAAGCCUUCAAGUACCACACAGUCUGGCGUUGCUCGAACAACACGACCUCAUCUGCAUUGCUGACCGCGAAGAUAUGAGAGUCGUGUGCAGAGGCGCCGAACUUUCGACCGAAAGUAAAGAACAGGCUCCGUUAACGAUUCAACAGCCAGACUUGGGACGUGUGUACGCGAUAACCAAUCACGGCGAUCUGAUUUACGCCGUCAACGGACCUACGUCACCUCUGAUACCGGUACGAGGAUUUACCAUAAACCCUAUGACCGAGAACAUUGUUGAUCACUGGACACUAUCAAAAAAUGGAGCUAUUAAUGUGCCGCAUGACAUAGCGAUAUCGAAAGACGGAUCGUCGUUGUAUGUAGCUUCCAUCCAUCCAAACCGUAUAGUGAAAUAUACGAUGGCAUCAGUUACUCCAUUAAAAUCCGAAUAAUUCUCAAAACUCAAAAUAUUCUACACACAAAACUACACAAUAACAAUAUUUAUUUUAUUCCAUAGAAUUAGGACACAAUAUAUUCAUUAUUCGAUUAUUGUUUAAUGAAUAUACAACAGUAUAUUGGAUGAUCCAUUAAAUUAACGAUUGAACAAUUAAUUUAAUAAAAUUAUUAAGUAUAUUGUUACAAGUACCUAGCCAGUAGAAUAUAUUUUCCUAAAUAUUGUUCGGCUUACUUAUAAUAAGUAUAAUUUAAAAAAAUAGGUACAUAAUGCAUACGCAUAGUGUGUGAUUAUGCGAGUAUCGGAGUAUGUUAUGUACCUAAGUACCAAUAACCUACAUUGAAAAUAUAUUGAAUAGGUACGUUGGGAAUAAAAUUAUAUUAUUUUGGUCCCUAAAUUAUUAUGCUGCAGUUGGCAGUCGUUCGUGAUCACUAUUAUCUAUCGCCUAGCUGUUUUCAUAUUUCAUCUAUCGAAAUUUGAUAAUGUAUAAAAUAUAAUAAAGUACAGAAUUUUACCUACA